CGGAGCCCUCCCGGGGAGGCGAACGGAGCCGCCGAGCGCUGCCGCCCGCUCGCCCAGCGCAGCCCCGGAGUAUGCGAGGGCAGCGGGGGGGGCCCGUCCUCGCUGCCCCCCCCGGAGGGCCCUGCCGGGGUGGGGGGCAGCGCUGCCACCCGGCUUGAAGAGGGCUGGGGGCUCGGAGCUGAGCCUCCAUCCCUCCGGCAUCCCGCCUAGGGGGAGGCUGAGCUUUGCCCCAAAAUUUGUUUGUUUGUUUUUUUUUGGGGAGGGGGGUGAGCGAGUCUUGGAGGGGGCCUUGGGGAUCAUGCCGGGGGGGCUGCGCCUCGGCAUCGCUUUCUCCUCGCCCUCCAUGGAGCCAGGACCUUUUCUACAAUGACUUUCGCUGAGCUGAGCAAUGGCAGCUUGAGUGGGAACAGGACGGGGCAGGGCAGCCAGAGCGGUGCCAACCGGUCCUGGGGGCUGCAAGGCGAGGACCCCCCCCAGGGCAACGGCACCACGCUGCCUUUCGCCUUGGACGUGCAGGCGGUGGGCGUCGGGGUCUUCCUGGCCGCCUUCAUCCUCUCGGCCAUCGUGGGGAACAUCCUGGUCAUCCUCUCGGUGGCUUGCAACCGGCACCUGCAGACGGUCACCAACUACUUCAUCGUCAACCUGGCCAUCGCCGACCUGCUGCUCAGCACCACCGUGCUGCCCUUCUCGGCCACCCUGGAGGUGCUGGGCUUCUGGGUGUUUGGCCGCAUCUUCUGCAACAUCUGGGCAGCGGUGGACGUGCUGUGCUGCUCCGCCUCCAUCAUGAGCCUCUGCAUCAUCUCCGUGGACAGGUACAUCGGGGUCAAGUACUCGCUCAAGUACCCCACCAUCAUGACGGAGAGGAAGGCGGGGGUCAUCCUCGUGGUGGUGUGGCUCUCCUCCAUGGUCAUCUCCAUCGGGCCGCUGCUGGGCUGGAAGGAGCCGCCACCACCAGACGAGAGUAUCUGUAGCAUCACAGAAGAGCCAGGCUAUGCCCUCUUCUCCUCCCUUUUCUCCUUCUACCUGCCCCUCAUGGUCAUCCUGGUGAUGUACUUCAGGAUCUACGUGGUGGCCAGGCGGACAACCCGGAGCUUGGAGGCAGGGGUCAAGAAGGAGAGGAAUAAAUCCAUGGAGGUGGUGCUGCGCAUCCACUGCCGCAGCGUGCUGGAGGAGCCUCUCUCCAGCACCCGGAGCAAGGGGCACAACUUCAGGAGUUCCCUCUCCGUGCGGCUCCUCAAGUUCUCCCGUGAAAAAAAGGCGGCCAAGACUCUCGCCAUCGUCGUGGGCGUUUUCAUCCUCUGCUGGUUCCCCUUCUUCUUCGUCCUGCCUUUUGGUUCUUUCUUCCCAUCUCUGAAGCCCUCGGAAAUGGUCUUCAAGGUCAUCUUCUGGCUGGGAUACUUCAACAGCUGCGUGAACCCCAUCAUCUACCCCUGCUCCAGCAAGGAGUUCAAGCGAGCCUUCAUCAGGCUGCUCAAGUGCCAAUGCCACCGGCGAAGACGUCCCAUCUGGCGUGUCUAUGACCACCACUGGCGAGGGGCCUCCAUGAACAGCUCCGUGCAAGGCUCCGAGACGGACCUGAGGCCCAGGAUCAGCACCCUGCACAGCUCAUUCCUAUUUAACUCCUCCUUGCAGGAGAGGGCCGGUAAAAGGCGAACGCUCAGCUUCAAGGGCUGGAAAAUGCUCACUCCUUUCCAGAAGCCAGCGUCCACCCAGCUGAAGGAAAAGAUGAACAGCCUUUCUAACAAAAUCCGGGGCGGCUCCAGCAAAGGGGGGGUGACAGCCUCCUACAAAACAGAGGUGGAGUCUGUCUCUAUUGGGAUCCCUCAUGACUUUACGGAAACCAUUGACUAUCAAACCUAUGACUUAACAGACUGCUGUGGGCUGAGAGAGACAGAUAUCUGAAGGCACCAGGACAGCUCUCAAUGGUUUCUUUAGCGGUAUCUAGCAGAAACGUGAAGGGAUACCACCUGUGGGUCUGUCAGGCAGACUGGAAGCAGCAAUCAGGUAUAAAAUGCAGUUGCCCAAAGGUUGUACAAGCUUUCCCCAUGGGGAGGUCAGCCCUUCUAUGGGGUUAUGGGUUCCUCAAAUACGAGCCGAUGGCACAUCCCAUUUUAACGAGCUGUGGCAAGAGGGGAAGGUGUGGGGUGGAUAUGGCCUUAGGAAAAGAGCUGUUUCCUCCCAUGGGAUGGUUCUCUUUGACUUUGGAAGAAGCUGUGCAGUUAAGGGAAACCAGGACAUCUCCUUUGCCUUAAAAACACCACCACAAAAGCUACUGGAAGGAUUGAACCCCAACAGGUGCCAACUCUGCCUUAGCACACAUGAUAACAUUUCCAUCCAGAGGCAGCAUCCCAAACGGAUGUUGUGAGCAGUAGCUGGCAGCUGACCAUUUAGACAGUGGGCUGGGGGCUUGUAGGGCUACAGGGCUGGACAGAACCUGUAGCCCAAGCCUUUGCUUUCAAGGGUGAGCAGACUGUGGUAUUCCCGAGCAGAGCUGGGGGAUCCCAGCUCUCAGCCAUUCUGUUUGCAGUGCCCACAGCUUUGCCACUUCUACGCAGCCUGGUUUUAGGCCAGAAGAGCAGUCCAGACAUAUACACUGAUGCCAACGGGUGUGCAGGACUCUCUUCUCUAACUCCAACCUGCGACGUUUCUCAUUUCACUUUCCAGUGAGAAAUUUGCAACCCAUCUUGUUCUGGCCUGCAUCCCUCCGUGACGUGGAGACACAGCAACUCCUUUUGAUGUUGGCCAUCCCCGGUCUUUUUCUCUCCCCUUCUUAUCCCCACUUGCUGUUUCUCUCAAACAACAUGGAAUAAAGAUGCAUUCCUAGCUGUGGCUGAGGAAGGUGGGGUGGGUGAGGCUGGGCCUGUUCCCAUUACUCACAGAGCCACAGCUUAAACGGAGCUGAAGUGCAGUGGGAGCUCCCUCUAGUGGAUCCAUCUUCUCCCCAGUCAGGGCCAAACCAGGGCACAAGGAAACGGUCUCAGAUUGAACCAGGGGAGGUUUAGGUUGGAUAUCAAGGGGAAUUUCUUCAUGGUGAGGGUGAUCAAGCACUGGAACGGGCUGCUCAAAGAAGUGGUGGGGUCCCCAUCCCUGGAGGCAUUCAAGAGACGUGUGGAUGUGGCACUCAGGGACCUGGUUUAGUGAUGGGACUCAGUAGGUCAGGAUGAUGGUUGGUCUGGAGGGUCUUGAAGCUCUUCCCCAGCCUAAAGGAUUCUGUGAUUCUAGACUCAGAACUCUUUUCCCAAGUGGCUUCCCCCAUUCCUGACACAUCAAAUCACAUUUGUUGGCUAGCAGCAAUUAGUCUUGGUUAGCGUGGCCAAAAGCAGUGUUGAUAAAGUUUGUUUGUUUGUUUUCCCUGCUCACAGUCCCCGAGUGUGAGGUCUCCUCAAAAAAGUAUUGUGUCCUCCUCUCAGGUCUGCAGGGAGGCUGGAGCUGUGACCGCACAGCCCACCCCAGCCAGGCUCACAGCCCCUGUGCUUUGCAGCUCAGAAAACAGGUCACCCAAACACUGCUUGGGCUUGUGUUUGGGGCACAGUUGCUAUCAAUGACAGACAAUGAGCCCCAGAGUUUCCACAAAGAAUUUUCAUUAGAUUUAGACACAGGCAGAGGCACAAGAUGCACAGGUGUUGGAGGUGAGGUCUGGGUCUGAGGGUAAAUAAAGAAUAGGAACAUGAAGCCCAAGGGUGGAGACACGAUGCUGAGUACGUCCUGGAUGGAAACUCGUCCACACCAGCACUGUCCCCCAAACCCAUUAGGCAUAUUCAUGAAUGUGCCUACUGCACAUCCAGCUAAUCCUCUUAAGGGUGGCUAUCAAAGGAGAUGGAAGGGUCCUAGGCACAGCAAGGAGAACAUGACUUUCUUUCUGCUGGUCAUUAGUUUUAAAGGGAAUCAAAAACGAGGAAAAUGUAUACUUAUUUUCUUUUUUACUUUCUUUCAUGCUGAGACAUUCAGAGUGGGCCCUAUCUCAGCACCCAUAACACCCUCCUGCCUUUUACUAAGUGCAAUGGACUCUGAACUGGAUGCACAAAGACCUGCAGAUUUUGUCCAAAUAUUUUCCUCCUAGCGGUUAACCCCAACAAGACAUACAGGCUGCACUGCACUGGGCACUGGGGAGAGGGCAGCUCAAUUUAACAAUUGCUGGCAAGCUGCUCAUUCCCAAGAAUGAGUUGAAAUUACCUCUUACACUUCUCCCUGGUCUUUUAAAUUUCCUUCUUUCUUUUUUCCAAUUUUGAAAUAUCCUCCAGUCCCUUGAAAUCAUGAAGAAGGGAAAGAAAGACUAGUUCGGGGUUUUUCUGCCUCUCCACCCCAAUCCUUUACAGACCUACAGGAGAGAAAAUGAGGAUAAAGUCUGUUUAAGCACACACAUGCAUAUUAUGUACCUACUUCUCACCUAAGCCAGGGCCCUUCUUUCAUUUAGCACCUUGCAUCUGAAGAGUCCAUGCCAGGACUGGAAUCUGUACAUGCAGAGCUUCAUUUAGGGGAAUUGGGGCUGCCUUUGCUGACAGGGGGAGGACAGUGUUGUACGAAAUACACCCUGAGUAUCUAAGCUUGUGCUUUUCCCUUUGAAUCCCAUAAUUUCUGAGCUCUCCCGACUUUGGAAAAAUAGGCUCAGACCUUCAGGAAGCAAAUUCGGUCUGACCUCGUAGACUUUUCUGGACAGCUAUGUGUGUGACCCACGGAGGGUACGGCCCCAUUUCUCCAAAUUCACCAAGCAGGCCAAUUCCCAAAACCCCUGUCCCUUGGUUACUCAGCAGCUCUCACCUCAUCAUGCCGGCUUUGUGUCCCUAUCAUAUCACCAGACCUUGCUGCUUUGACGAGCCGAGUGUUGAGGAUGGUGAAGAGCAGCUUCAAUGCCAGGAGACUCUCACGAGUCCCAUCCGAGGAGGAAAGAAGGUCCCCGUCCGCCUGAGCUGGACUGCAGUUGGGUUGCAUUACUAUUGUUUACAGUGUGUAUAUAAGUGUACAUUUCCUUUAGCAGACAUUGGAAUUUUUUAUGUAUAGAUUUUUAUUUUUCAUUCACAGACAUAUUUAUUAGCUGGAGUAUUUCUGUUUUGUGAUUCAAGUAAUGUCAGAUUGAUGUAAGCUCUAUGAAACAGAAUGCACAUAUUUUUGUUUAUUUGUACCAAAUACAUGCACAAACCCGUCUAAAACA